AGAAAAGAAAGGAGAGCAACCGCCUCCGCUAAUCUCUCGGUGCAUGCGUGGUGCGGAAGGGAGUCGUGGAAGUGGCCAGCAGUCAUCGAAGAUCCAAACGACGCGCUCCGCGUCGCUGCCGCCGCCGCUGGUAGUGAUCCGAUCUCCUGCUAGUUACACACUGCUCGAUCGGCAGGGAGCGAGAGGACUCAGCAAAAGGCGUCCGUCGCCUGCGAACCGCUCGUCUCCGGCCUCCUCGUGCGCCGCUCCUCUCCUCUCCCAGCUCCUCGUGCUUGUUUAUAAGGAGCGGAGGCCUCCCUCGUUUUCCUCCUGUUUCCUUCCUUGCGAGAACAGAUUGUAUCGUUGUUGUUGUUGGGAGUGGUCGAUCGAUCCAUUAUUCCAUCGAUCGAUGCGAAGCUACUGCUAAAGAGAUUGGCGGCCGGCGAUGGACAUUUCGGAGCUGCACAAGCUGGCGUUCCUGCGGGUGAAGCAGAUGGAGCCGCAGAACGCCGGCAAGAUCCUCGGCUGCAUCCUCCUCCGGGAGCCCGACGACGACGAGAUGGUGCAGCUCGCCUACGGCAGCGACGCCGUGGUGCACGCCAAGAUCAGCGACGCCAAGGCCACGCUCGCCGCCAUCUACGCGCGCUGCUCCGCGCACCACCACCACCACCACCACCACCACCAACAGAUGGGCGCCGCCGCCGCGCACAGGGCCGCCGCCGCCGCCGGGUACCACCCGGCCGCUGCCGCUGCCGCUACCGGCGCGCGCCACCACUUCGCCCCGGCGGCCACAGCCGCAGCCUUCGGCGCCUUCCACUACUGGCCAGAGCACGCGGCGCCCGUGCCCAAGGCGCAGGCGGCGGCGGCGGAGGACUUCUCGCUCGUGGACGCCGCUGCCGAGAGCCACUACGCGUUGCUGCCGCAGCAGCAGCAGCAGAACCACAACGGCCUCGUCGACGACCACCAGCACAACUACGCCGCCGCCGCCGCCGCUGGUGGGUACUACUAUGCCGCCGCCGAGGACGCGUUCCACAAUGGCGGCGGCGCUGGCGCCGGCGGGGGCCUGCCGCCGAGAGCCGCUGCCAGGCGCGCCAACGGCCUGUCGACGCGGCGCCCCUGCCACUACUUCAUCAAGGGCAUGUGCAAGAACGGCCAGAACUGCCACUACUCGCACCACCACCAUCAGGUGUACUCCGCCGCCGAUGGGUUCGGCGACGACGGCCACCACAGCGGCGGCGGCGGCGGCGGCGGUGGCACCACGCCCGGCGCGCUAGAGAAGCUGGAGCUGGAGAUCAUCGAGCUGCUCAACUCGCGGCACGGCCAGCCGCUGUCCAUCGCGUCGCUGCCCACGCUCUACGGCGAGAGGUACGGCAAAGGCCUCCAGGCCGAGGGCUACCUCACCGAGAGCCAGCGCCAUGGAAAGGCCGGCUUCAGCCUCACCAGGCUGCUCUCCCGACUCAGCAAGAUCAGUAUCAUCGAAAGGCCGCAUGGGCAGCACUCGGUGGUUCUGGCCGAGGACGCCGCCAGGUACACGGAGUUCAGGGGCGAGAGAGGAGGAGGAGGUGACAUGGGCUCCGUCCCAGCCAGCUCGCACCAGAUAUACCUCACAUUCCCCGCCGAGAGCACCUUCAUCGAGGAAGACGUCGCCACUUACUUCGGGCAGUAUGGUCCGGUGCGCGACGUGAGGAUCCCGUGCCAGGAGAGGCGUAUGUUUGGCUUUGUGAGCUUCCAGAAUCCGGAGACGGUUAGCACCAUACUCAUGAGGCGCAACCCACAUUUCAUCUGUGGAUCAAGGGUCCUUGUUAAACCCUAUAGAGAGAAAUCCAAGUGCAUCGAACGCUAUCCCAGGACGUGCGUGGACAAGAUGAAGCCGAUGCAGUACUACCCUACCCGUUUCGUUGAGAUUGAUGAUCAUCCGGACUUUUAUUCAGAUGAAUACGAGCCUUCAAGCAGGAUGGUGAGAAAGCAAUUGGCAGAGAAGAGGGAGAGGAUGAUCGAGAUCGAGAGAAAGCGCUUCGCAGGGGCAGUCAGGCUUGACUCUUUGCCACAGCAGUAUGCCUACUUCGAUUGCAGCAUUGGGGACGAUGGCGUGAAUCCCCUCAAUUGCCUCCCGGCAUCAGAUUCUAAAGACGAUGUCGACCAGCUGAUGGACCAUCCCCUCAUGACGUCCGAUUCCUUGGAAAUGGUCUCCACGAGCCAACCUCCCCAAACGCAGGCAAGCAACAACUACGAUGAUAAAGAGAGCAAUCAGAUCGAACUCCUCCCAGAAAGUCCAUUUGCAUCAGCUGUGCCUGGUGGAAACAGCAUAUCCACAAUCAUGUAAUUGGAAGGAAAAGGGAGAUAAAGCAUCCUUGGACCCUCAAUAGUCAUUGAUUGGUUCGAUAUCUUCUUAAGGUCCAAUGGGAUGGCAGAGUUUUUACACAGGACAAUGAAAAAAAAAAAGAAACAACAGUUUUUUGUUGUAGAUAGAAAGAAGGGAGGAGAAGUCUCUCUGGUCUUAAUUAGGAGUCACAGGACAAAGAGAGUUCGUGUUCAUUUUAUACUUUAAUUAGCAGAGGGAUGGAAAACAACACUAGCAGCAUGGAUGAGGACAGAAAGAAAAGUCACACUGGUAAGUUUUAUACAAGUGUGUAGUCUGACUAUAAGGGAUAGGAAAUAAUGUGACAUGUUAAUUAGUUGUGUUCUAAUAACAUAUAAAUGAUACAUGCAUACUAGUGCUGUACCAUUUGUUUCCAAAAGUUAUGAACCAAGAUUAGUUAUUAUUUAAAAAGUUACAGUUGAAGUAGUACCAUCUCAGAUUGCCUGUUUGUACGACUUUCUGCCAGUAAUGAAUUAAAGGCACAAUUUUAGUUUCAUGCUCUA